AUGGAUCUGGUGGUGGGUGCUUCGGAGUCCACCGUGAAGUCUCUGCUGGGCAAGCUAGGCAGCCUUCUCGCCCAGGAGUACACCCUCAUCCGUGGCGUCGCCGGCAACCUGCAGUACAUCAACGACGAGCUGACCACCAUGCAGUACUUCCUCCGCGACCUCGGCGAGGCCGGGGACGGCCGGGGCCGCGGGCACGACCACCAGAUGAAGGACUGGAUGAAGCAGAUCCGCGACCUCACCUACGACAUCGAGGACUCGGGCCACCGCAUCCGCGGCCUGCCGAGCGACAUGUGCUGCUACUUCCUCGUCAACAGCGUCUACGAGCUGAGGUACAGCGUGGACAACCCCAAGAGCAUCGGUGACGGCAUCGGCGGAACGGGUGGUGGAGCCGCGGCGGCUGGUGGUGGCGGCGCUGGAGUCAAUGCCGCCGAGAACCAGGACUCCAGCCUUAAGCUUGUCACCCUGAAGACCCCCGUCGGUAUGCACAAGGACAUGGAGGAGCUCGAGAAGAGGGUGACGGGGGAGGCGGCCACUGGCGUGCUGUGGAUCGUUGGGUUUGGAGGGGUCGGGAAGACCACCAUUGCCACUGCCCUGUUCCACAAGUUCAGGGAUCAGUUUGACCACCGUGGGGUGGUGACCGUGUCUCAGAGCUCCGACAUUGAGGCCAUCCUGAGGAACAUACUAAGUCAAGUCAAACCGCAUAGCAACGAUCAGAGGCAGCAUGGCAGCACACCGAGGAAGAGUGCAACGGCGGCGGUCCGAGGCGUACUGAAUCACGUUAUGGGCGCCUCAAACAAAAUUGGAGAUCACACCAAGCUGGAUCAACUCAAAAGUGAGCUCCAGAGCCAUUUGGCAAAGCACAGUUAUUUGGUUUUAAUUGAUGAUGUGUGGUCUGCAACAACAUGGGGAAAAAUGAGAAACUUAUUUCUCCAAUCUGCUGAGGACACGAAACGGAGCAGAAUAAUUGUUACUACACGGUUCCAAGUUAUAGCUACGGCAUGCAUGAGACAAUCAGGUGAUUUGAUUUAUAAAGUUACUGCUCUUACUGGGGACAUGCCUGAAGAGCUAUUUAAACAAGCCUUCAAAGAAUCCAAUGGUAGGGAAGAUGUCAAGGACCUGUUUGAGGUAGUGGAAUCUCAGGGGAAUCCUGAAGAAACUUCAGGGAAAUUGGUGCUGCAAGAAUCUAUUACGCCACAAGCAGAGCCUAAGGUCGCUGUGGAAGUGUUGAAAAUGUGUGGGGGACUACCAUUGGUCAUCGUUACUAUGGCUGGUCAUGUGGCUUGCAGCUCCCACAAAUCGCCAGAGGAAUGGAUUGGCCUAUGCAAAACUCUGAUUCCAGAAUCAAAGAAAGAUCGUGGCAGCGAUCUCACACAGGCGGAAGCAGGCAGGAUUGUUAGUCACUGCUACAACGACAUGCCUCCUGAAAUCAAGACAUGCUCGCUGUAUUUGAGCAUAUUUCCCAAGGGUCAUCAAAUUAGCAGGAAGCGUUUGACAAGGCGAUGGAUAGCAGAAGGGUUUGUCAAUGAGAAACAGGGUUUGAGUAUGGAGGAUGUUGCAGAAACAUAUUUCAAUCACCUCAUAAGGAGGAAGAUUAUGCGUCCAGUGCAGCACAGCAGCAAUGGGAGGGUGAAGACCUGUGUAGUUCAUGACAUGAUACUUGAGCACAUUGUAUCCAAGGCAAGUGAAGAAAAUUUCAUCACUGUGGUUGGUGGUCACUGGCUCAUGCAUCAACCUAGCAGCAAGGUUCGUCGGUUGUCCCUUCAAGUCAGUGAUUCCAAACGUGCUAAGGACACAGAGAAGAUGAAUCUGUCUCAUGUCCGAUCGUUGACCGCUUUUGAGAACAUGAACCAGCUGCCUUCUGGUUCUUUCAAGUUUGGUAUUGUACAGGUCCUGGAUCUUGAAGGAUGCAAGGGUUUCAAGCAGCAGCACAUAAAGGAGAUAUGUGACAUGCUUCUUCUCAAGUAUCUCAGCCUGCACCGAACUGACACUAAACUGCUUCCAAAAUCCAUUAGGAAGCUUGAGAAUCUGGAGACUUUGGAUGUAAGGGAGACUGAUAUUAUCGAGCUUCCUAUGGCCAUAUGCAAUCUUGAGCGGCUGGUUAAUAUACUUGGUGGCAAUAAAAAGACACACACGGGACUGAAGCUUCCAGAAGAUUUGGUGAAGAAGAAGAUGACGGCCCUGCGCAUACUGUCUGGUAUUGAGAUAACUGAGGGAUCAGUGGACCUUCAUCAUUUGAUCGAAUUAAGGAAACUCGCCAUCUACAAGCUCAAUCUCAUUGAGGAUGAGAAGCUCAAGGAAUUAAGCUCAUCUAUCGAGUACCUGUGUGGCUACUCUCUGCACACCCUCAUAAUUGAUGACAUAUCAUCUAGGUUUCACAAAUUGCUCUGUGAGAUGUCCUCACCACCAAAAUUCCUUAGUGCACUCAAGCUGUCUGGCAAGGUCAUUAGGCUCCCUGAUUGGAUUGCACAACUUGAUGCUUUGAACAAAUUGACCCUUUCGGUAACAGCUCUUCGAACAGACAACUUGAGGCACCUAAGCAAUCUCAAGGCACUGUUUUCUCUCACCUUUACACUUGCUGCAGGAAAACAGGUGCCAGCUGGUGGAUUUGAGAGUCUUAAGAUUCUUCGCUUGUAUGCCCCACUAUUGUCACUGCUGAGUUUUUCGGUAAAAGCCAUGCCGAAACUUGAAAGGAUUGAGCUCCAGUUUGACAUGUUGGAAGGCAUUUUUGGCAUAGAAAACCUUGCAGGACUCAAAGAGGUGUAUUUGAGAUUAAACAACAAGCACGGUGAAAUCAUGGGCGAGAAGAUAGUAAAGGAUGUGAAGACUGUAGUGAGGAUUAUUGACGAUGCCAAGAGGCCUAGGAUGACCCUUGACCACUGA